CCUUGACUUUUGCUCCAUCCGAUAUUCAUCGUCAACACAAAUUUCUUCACGUCGCCUAUCAUAUCAUUGAAGUGAAAGAACUGCUGCGACUGCAUACCGUCCCCAAACUUCGCACUACGCAGUAGCAGCAGAACAAGUGUCCAAUCUAUCGCACAUCUCGACGAACCAGUUCCAUUACUCGUCGCCAGCAGCCAGAGAUUUUCUACAUUUUGUGGUAACGUUGAAUAGGGGAGUUGAAGAAAAAAAAAUGAGGCGGGCGAAUAGGCCUCCAAAUGGUGUGUUCCUGGCCGGCUUGGUCGGAUUAGCUAUCGUUUUCAUCUGUGGCUUUAUGUCUACCGUAGUGACAGCGCAGUUAGAAAAUGAGGAAUCGUCUUUGCCCGAUGAGAUGAUGACGAUUCAUAAAGUCGGUCGUAGGAGGAUUCCCGUUCGAGUAAGAAUUAAUCACGAAGAGGAAACAAUUUGGUCGGUUCCAGUUUCGACACACGGUGACCACCAUGAGCUGGAGACACUCUACGAUUUCAAAUCUGGAAUCGCAGUUUAUCGGGCCGAAGGCGAAAACAUCUGCUACGUGGAACAACUGGUCGACCUCAGUUUCGAUCAACUGUUGAAGGCCAUUAAAGAGCAAUCGCUUCACGAAGUGUUUGUCAGACAGGCGCCCCGCACAUUAUACAUCGUCAAUGCAACGACGGAACCGACCGAUGCGCGAUUAAAUGCCAUCUGUGAAGGAAGAGAAAUCCACAUGUUGAUCAGCGAUCCGGAACAAGCUAAUCAACCAAUUGAAGAGAGCAGUGAGACGCCCAAAGUGAGGUCAAAGAGAUCAGCUAACCCAUGGCAACCGACUUCAAGUUCGGCGUGGGCCAAAGCCACACUGGACUCGGCUGAAUCUCGUACUAAUGGAAACGGAUACGCCCAGGCUUACAGCAAUUUAGGCGAGGAUUCGUCCUACCCUCCUACCAAAAAUCACAGACGAUUGGAAGCUACCAGCGCAUCGGGCACAUUUGCCCGACGACCGGACACUCGUAACCUCGAGUCCAACAGCGAUGGUCAAUUGCAACAAGGAAGACAAAUGUCUCAGUUCAGUUUCCAGCAAUCGUUUCAAUCACCUGAAAAGGGACACUCCAUGUCCUCGUUCUCUUCACCUUCAAUGAUGGGCGGCUCUCCGAUGGAACGAUCGGGACUGUCGAAUAGCUUCAGCAGUUCCAGCUCGUUUUCUCACUCUUCUCUGAUGGACGCCUCUGAUUUGCAAUCGAUGAUGAUGCCCGUUGGACGUCAUAUGCCUCAAGGCAACACUAAAGGACCUGGCAAAGGACCGGUAGCUUGGACUGGCUCCAUUCCUCGUGAUGCGACCGUCACCCAAGAGGCUGGAUCGUCUCAGCUGACGUACACUUGGAAAGUGCAGGAUGCCAACGGUUACUCAACGACCCAUUGGUAUACAGGACCAUUGGGCCCCGACAGAACUCCCAUUCGAAUUCAAAUGCCUUCAGAGCUGGACGUAGGUGGUCCGAGUCCCAGCAUUUUGGGAGGUGGCCGCCGACCUGUCAGUUCAUGGACUGGCCCCAUUCCCCGCGAUGCAACCGUCACUCAAACGGCCGGUUCAACUCAGAAAACGUACACGUGGAAGGUGACGGACGCCAAUGGUUACACGACUACUCACUGGUAUUCGGGACCGUUAGGACCUGACCGAGUACCCAUCCAAUUGGGCUUCGAUUCCGACAUAACGGCCAACAUCCCCCAGCAGCCACAACCGCAACAACCAGCUCACCGUCGCGUAGCUGAAUCGCGGACUGUCCAGCAACAGCAACAACAGCAAUCCAUCAUCCAACAGCAACAACAACAGCAAUCUGUCAUCCAACAACAACAGCAACAGCAACGAGUGAGUCAGCCCCAACAUCCACGACGCGUCGUAUACCAACAACCUCAACAGCCGCAGCAACUUCAACCACAACAGCCGCAACAACCCGACUUCCAGCACAUGGUCGGUCAGGUUGAGAGACAACAAGUCCAACAACAAGUCCAUCAAGUGCAAGAACAACAACGUCAACAGCAAUCAACAUCCCAAUCGACUAGCCGCAUUUUGCAGCAACAAAAACAACAACAAGAGCAACAGCGUCGAGUAGCCAUCGAAGAACAGCGACGUGUGGCCAUCGAAUUGGAACAGCAAAGACGUGCAGCUGCUUUAGAGGAACAACAAAGACUGGCAGCCGCUCGUCAAGAAGAAGAGGAACGCCAACAAGAAUUGGCCCGUCAGAGAGAGCAGCAAUUGGAAGAGGAAAGACGUCGCGUGGCUUUGGAAGAGCAACAACGUCGAAUCGCUUUGGAAGAACAGCAACGUCGCGCAGCUCUGGAAGAACAGCAACGUCGCGCUGCCGCCGAAGAAAAACAACGCAGGGAGGAACAACAACGUCGCGCAGCUAUGGAGGAACACGAGCGCAAACAGCAGUUGAUCCGCCAGAGGGAACAGCAGUUGCAACAGCAGCGGAUCGAACAGCAACGCAUCGAGCAGCAGCGAAUCGAACAGCAACGCAUCGAACAGCAGCGUCGCGCUGAAUUGGAAGAAUACGAACGUCAACAGAUGAAACGGCAACAGGCGAAGCGACAACAGGAAGAAGAGGAACGCGUUGCUAUGCAAGAAUACGAACGCCAACAAGAAUUGUACCAUCAACAAAAACAAUCGCAUCAAAUGACGUCACAUCAAUCCAUUAAUAAAGAACAAGUGGUCCACCGGGAACAAGUGGCGCCGGGAGACGGACACAUGAUGGAAGAAUCGACUAUGUUGAAAAUCAUGGAAGAACAACAGCAAGAAAAGAGCCACCAAUCAGCGGCUGAAGAGGAACAUCAUCGACGCGAACAUCACUGGACGGUUGGUAAUCGCAAUGGAGGUCGUCAAUCGGUUGCCACUCAACAACAUCAACAAUCGCAACAGCAAAGCAGCAGCCAUGGCAGCAGCACGAGCGUCAACAGUCAGAGGGAAUUCGCUAGGAGGAGUCACAGAGAUUCGACUCAAGCGUUUGUCGAUCGCGGAGCUAACGGCCACGCAACCAACGGCAACGGUCGAAAUGGCCGCGCUGAGGUGGUCACCACUUCGGCCACCAGCCAUCAAACGGAAGCUCACGCUCCUUGCGACACCUGCCAACAAUUGAAUCAACUAGAAGGUGACAUUAAGGACCUUUUCAGCAAACCUUCGUCGAGUCCGUCGGGUAGAGCUGAUAUUCCGAUUGAGCACGAUCACGAACCAGAAGCCCAUCAACCGGACCUCGGCGGUGAAACGGAGCUUGGCAUGGAAGGACCUGAAAUGGAAACUCAACCGGAACCUGAGGCUCCUUAUCAACCAGAAAGGCAACCAGAGUCUUACGUCCCGGAGCCUUAUCAACCAGAACCCGAGCAUCACGCACCUGAACCUGAAUCAUUACCGGACACUGAACCAGGUUAUCUACCAGAACCGACUGAUGUGGGCACAACAGGAGGCGAACCGGUCGAGUACGAAGAAACGGACCAAGUGAUUUGCGAGGAAGAUGAACAACAAGGUCAGCCUGGUGAUCAAGACUACGGUACGACAGGUGGUUGUGGGGGUGGUCCAUCCAUGACCGCCACAUCUUCCAUUUUUGAACACCAGGUGUCGAUGAUCAGCGUCCCGAUUCCGGCCAUGAUUGACCACGUGACCAAUAGCAACAGCAGAAGCGGAACGUUUAUGUCGUCUCAUCACCAAACGGCUAAUCAACCUUCGUCGACACCCAGUCAGACUUUGCCGGCCCGUCCGCAACCAGGACCGGCCCAAAUGCCUCAACCAAAGUUAGUGAGCGGCAGCAAACAUGUAACGAGCAGUAGUUACUCCAAGACGUACAUAAGCAGUGGAUUCGUGCCCAUGGGCAGUCAACCAGCCAAUGUCCAGCCGGCCAUCAUGAUGCCUUCUAUCUCUUCACCUUCCAUGUCGUCUUCGUUGUUGUCCAGCUCAAUGUCGGCCUCGUCUUCGUCCAAUAAAGGCUCGUCGUCGUCGUCGACAAUGUGCCAAGCUUCUGGUUACACAAGGAAAUGCCAGAUUGUCUACGGUCCCGUGAAAAGGACGAAGAUUUGCGAAAUGGUACCCAUCGAAUCGACAGGAAAUUGCUGUUCCAUUUGCUGAAAACCUAAAUCGUCUAUUACGAUACAUUUUCUUUGUUGAUAAAAGUGUGGUUCAUCCUUAAUUCUUCUUCUAUAAUAAUUUGUUUUUUAAUCUUUUUUCCUUCUUUAUAUUUUGAUUUUCCGCUUGCGCCAAGUUACGUUCAUUCACUCAUUUCAAAUGACGACCGUGAAUCUAGUUUUUUUUUUAUUUGAAUGAAAUUCCUCAAGCUCUGAUCUUCCGCACAUCACACAACUAUAGACACACGUUCUCUUCCAGGCUUGCCAAUUUGUCUCUAAAUUUUGCCUGUGUAGGCUUUACAAAUACACAACUUCCGGUUUAA